AUGAAUUCGCAUAAAGUGUUCUUAAUAUUCAGUGCUAUUGUAUGCGGUGUUAGUUCUUUGGAUUGGUGUGAUCCAGAAUUAUGUCCAAAUGGUGGAACACAUACGGCCUGUAAUAAUUCGGGGGAUUUCCACGAGAGAUGUGAACCCGAUGUGGAAAUAAUCGAUUUACGACCAUAUCGUGAUCUAAUAUUACACGAGCACAAUAAUCGUAGGAAUUUCAUAGCUCAGGGUUUGUUGCCGGGUUAUUAUCCCGCCGCACGUAUGGCCACCCUGCAAUGGGAUGAUGAAUUGGAAUUUUUGGCUGAGUUGAAUGUCCGAACCUGUGUGGUGGAUCACGAUGAAUGUCGUAACAGCUAUCGUUUUCGUAAUGUUGGACAAAAUUUGGUGGGCAUAGCCCAGAACAAGGAUGAACCACAAAAUAUUACGGCUGUAUUGCUAAAGGAUAUUUGGUUAUGGUAUACCGAACACAAAUUGAUUGAUAGCAGUUAUAUUACGAAAUUUAAGGUUACCAGUGAUUUUGAAAAAUAUGGCCACUUUGCUGAAUUUGUUUUGGAUCGCAAUACCCAUGUUGGCUGUUCCAUGAUCCGUUAUACACAUCACCAAUAUCGACAAUUGUAUAUCUAUAAUUUAGCCUGUGAUUAUGCCAGUGUCUAUGCCUAUGAUGUGCCAGUGUAUAGUGCGGGGAAACCGGGUUCGGGAUGUAAAACUGGUACCAAUCAUAAAUAUCCAGCUCUGUGUUCUACAAGAGAACUUUAUAAUCCCAAUUAUUAG